GCUGCGGCGGAGGCGGGAGGAAGCAGCGCUCCGCCCGCGGGGCCGCCCCGAGCCGAGCCGAGGUGGCGGGGAACCGAGGACAAAGGCUGGGGGACGGUGAAACACGCCGGAGCCAUCAGCCGGAGCGGGAACACCAGGGUGCCGGACCCCACAGUCUCCUUACACCAUCCGAUCCCGGAUCCAGCGCUCCCACAGCCGCCCUCACAUCAGCGAUGCUGGCGGAUGCCGAAGACCGGAGCUAGAAGCUGAAUCAAGGACACGGAGCCAUGAAGCUGAACGAGCGGAGCCUGGCUUUCUAUGCUACCUGUGACUCCCCGGCUGACAACGCCGGCUUCCUCUACAAGCGCGGCGAGCGGCACACAGCGUACCACCGCCGCUGGUUCGUGCUGAAGGGCAACAUGCUCUUCUACUUCGAGGAGCGGGAGAGCCGGGAGCCGGUGGGUGUCAUCGUGCUGGAGGGCUGCACCGUGGAGCUCUGCGAUUCGGCCGAGGAAUUCACCUUCGCCAUCCGCUUUGGUGGCACCAAGUCCCGCACCUACGUGCUGGCGGCAGAGAGCCAGGCUGCCAUGGAGUCGUGGGUGAAGUCGCUCUCACGAGCCAGCUUUGACUACAUGCGCCUGGUGGUGCGGGAGCUGGAGAAGCAGCUGGAGGAAAUGAGCUAUGGGAUGGCCCGUGGGUGUGCUGGGGGAUGCCGGGGGUCUCCCAGCUCCUGGAAGCCAAAGCCCUCGGAGCUGGAGCGGUCCCUGGAGCGGCUGCCGGCUCUGCCCGCUGUCUUGCCGAAGGAGAAUGGCUGUGCUGUGUGGAACAACGCAUCGGGAGCGAACCGGCCACCCGAAGCUUCAGGUUGUGGUGAUGCUGCUGGUGAUGGGAACCCGCUGCCACCGCCGCUGCCACCACGCAGGCGGGCAUCGAGCACCGAGGUGGGCAGUGCAGUGGUGGAGAGCCCGUCCUCCUUCUGCCGGCUCCAUGAGUGGUACGGCCGGGAGGUGGCUCAGCUGCGGCGGGACUGGCUGGAGAGGCAGCGUGGUCCCCAGCCCUGAGUGAUGGCUGAGCCCUGGGGACCCACCAGGACCCGUAACAAGGAGAUGAUCAUUGUUGGUGCUGCAUCAGUCUCAUCAUCACUCUGGGAUGUGCAGCCCUGUCUAUGGUGGUGAUGGACACUGCUGAUGGUGCCACCAAGGGCUCAGCGGUGAGGGACACCGGUGCUGCUCUGUGAUGGUGAAACACCAGUCCAGCACUG